AUGCAGCAGCAGCCGCCGCCGGCGUCCGUCCGCGCCGUCACCAUCCGAUUCGCCGACCUCAGGGAUCGGAGCAAGGACCUGGGCGGCUUCAUCGAGGAAGGCUUCGGGCCUCGGGGGCUCGGCAUCGUCUCCAUCGACGACGUGAGUGAUGCUACUGUGCUACAGCGUUUGAGGCUGAGAUGCAGCAUGAGCAGAUUUCGAUUUCUAUUUCUCUCGACUUUGAGCUUACCGCUUACGAUCGUCAACCUUCCUGAUGAUGUGAAGAAACAACUGGAGGACCCAGAUAGCAGGUCAUAG